AGAAAAAAAUAUAAAAACAUUGAAAAAUAAACAUCAUUUGAAGUCAUCACAGUAAAAUUAAAGAAAAAGGGAUUUAUUAUUGUUGUCUUCAAGUAAACAUAACAAUGAAAUCUGAUGGAAUGAUACAAGAGUGUAAUAAAGUUAAACCAGCUAGAUGUUUAUUUCAAUCAUUGGAAAAUAAAUUAUGGAAUCAUUCAUCUAAUUUAAAUAAUAACAAUAAUAACAAAAACAAUAACAUAAAUCAAACAAAAUCAGGUAUCAAUGAACAAUGUCAACAAACAUUUAACUUAAUAUGUCAAAAAGAUCUUGAAAUGUUUUGUCAAAAUUAUGAUUUUGAUUUGAAUCAAAUGAAACCUGUUGUUGGUCCGAUCAGUUGUAAUAUCAAUGAAAGUGAUCAGAAAAGUCGACACUGUCAUCGUCAUCACCAACAUCAACACACACGACAUAAACAGGUAUGGCAUUGGGAACAGUUGGACAUCACACUCAAUUAUGUCCCCACAUUUUAUUUGAACAACAAAUAUCAUUCAGAUAGUUACCUACUUCGAUCGCAUCAACAGGAAUAUCCAGUACCACCGAAUACACCACACAAAUGCACUACAAAAUCAUCAAACUACCAAUUCACCGAGAAUAAAUACAAUUCAUCUACUACGUUCACAUUGCACAGGUCAAAAGCAUAUCAUCACAUAUCAUCUCCAGUACCAAUCAUCCAACCAGUUACAACUUCAUUUCGUGUGUGCCGUACUCGAAGUAGGAAUUCAUCAAACUGCACAAUGUCAUCUGGUAGAGCUUCCAAGUAUUUGCAUGCUGAACAUAUACGGAGUAAAAGUGAAGGGAAACACAUUGACCACAUACACAACUCACAUCUCGAUGGACACGCAAAAUGCAGUGUUUGUAUUGAUUCAACUUGUCGUUCUCCUCAACUUCCAUACAAAUUAUCAAGUCAUUCGUCUUCCAAUAUUCCAUGUUCAAAGAGUGUGAAUGGUGUUGGGGAAUGGGAAAACAUUCCAUAUUCUGAUAAACAAGUGUCUCCCAGUCCACAAUCCACAUCGAACAGAUCUAGUUUGAAGCAAAUGAAACUGACUGAUAUGUUCCCUGUCAACAAGCCUGUCAAAUCCUGUAUUUUAUGUACAAAUUCAUGA